AUCCGACCCAACUCUGAUUUAAAAUCAAAAAGUCAAAUAAAUAAUUACAAGCCCGCGCCGCUCACGCCAAUUCAAAAAAUUUGAAUUCAGACAGCGGCCUUUAUGCCACGUCAUCACCUUGUCAGAAAACCCCAUUUUCAAAAACCUUAGCAAGAACUGCCAACAGUACAGACAAAACUCAAUCUUAAAAUCAAAUCUUCUCCUUCUUCUUCUUCUUCUUCUUCUUCUUCUAAUUCUCUCCUCAAAGGAACUGUUUAUCCAUCUUUCACUUAUCAAAUCAUCACCUUGUUUUUCAUUUCAUUCGAUUCGGAAUCAUAUAUUUGCUCGAAAUGGCAACCAGGUACAAUUCGUACGAUUCAAGGUCCUCGACAUCAUCUUACUUUUCAGAUCCAUCUUCGUCAGCAGAACUCAAAACUAAAACCCUCAAACCCAGUUCAACUUCGCGUGCACUUGUCAAUUCUAAACCUUCAGCUAAUAAAAAUCAAAACUUGACCAGCUUGGUCAAGAACUUGGUGCUGCAGAAGAAAUCGUCGUCGUCGUUGUCGUCAACAAAAGGGUCGGGGAAUCGGACAAUGGGGCUGGUGAUACCGGCGGAUGUGAUAGCGGAGGAUCUGAAGAAGACGGCGAGGAAAGGCGGGAACUUUGGGGGAUUACAGAGGAAGUUGUUUGGGAAAGGGGAGAAGAAGAGUGAGGUUAAAGCUUUGACAGAACUGAAGGGAGGAAAUAAUAAUGCGAAUACGAGAACGUUGGCCAUGGUUUUGAGAAGUGAGAGAGAGCUUUUGAAUGCUAAUAAGGAACAAGAAAUGGAGAUUUCUCAGCUUAAGUCGUUGCUCGAAGAGAAGAACAGUGAAGUAGAGAAGUUGAAAGAUUUGUGCUUGAAGCAGAGGGAAGAGAUUAAAGCAUUAAAGAGUGCAAUUUUGUUUCCAGAUGCUAUGAAUUCUCAGCUUCAAGAACUGCUAGAGAAGCAGGGUUCUGAGUUGAAACAAGCCAAACAAGUCAUUCCACAUCUACAGAAACAGGUUACUUCUCUGACAGACCAGCUCCAGUUCCUUGCAGAAGGCCUUGCUGAGGUGAAGGCAGAAAAGCAUUCAGGAAGAACAGGUUUACAACGACAUGGUAGUGAUCCAAGAACACCCACAUAUGAUUAUGAAGAGGCUGCUAAUUCUCUGGAGUUCAGCUCUGAGGAUGCAACAACUCCUGGCAGUCCAGAUGACAUGUUUCUCAAGGAUUUGAAUCCCUGUUUAACACCUUAUUGUGCCAAGACAAAGUCCAAGGAAUUUGAGGCAGUGGGCUAUGAUUCUCUUGAAGAUGAAAGCUUAUCUGAGAAUAAAGUGCAAGUCUCCAGUGAGGUUGGGUUCAAUUCUCACAACAGGAAACUAUCCAAAAGUUCCGACUGUUGCCAGAAUUCAAACAGAGGAAGCAGAAUGGCUCGAGCAGCUCGUAAAUCAGAUGAAAACAAACGCACUUAUGGAAGACAAAUGCACCAUAACGCUUUCUAAUCUGCUUGAGGGUCAUUUAUAGUUUCUGCAACAUUUCUUUCAUCUUCUGUUUUCUUUUGUUACCCUCUAUUUCCUCUUUCUAGAUUAUGAAUAUUCAGUCUUUGGUAUCCAAUCAAACCAGUGUUUGAUUUAGAGUAAUGGCAAUAGCUCCUUGCUGUACAUGGUUGAUUUUAAGCACAUGAAUAAAGAGUGGAAAGUGAUAUGGAAGUUGAAUACUCAUCAAUGAAAU